AGAGCACUGCUGUACGGUAUCUCAAUAGAACGAAAAGCUACCUUCUACCUCGAUUCAUUUCCAAAGAUCUGGUUUCUUYAAUAGUGUGUGUUAAACUGCUACCUCUGGAAUCUUUAAUCAAUAUGGACACGAUCAUGGAAAAGAGGAUUCGGAGACGAAUGGUCUUGCUGAAGUCCGAAAAAGAUCGUGCUAUCAGAAGGGCCCAGUUUGGUGAAUUUUCUACUGCGAAGUCGUUUGAUGAAAUCAAGGAAGAACGAGAGGCUGCUAUAGGACAAGGUGUGAAUCGCGAUUUUUCCAACGAAGAACGAGACAUUGACUGUGAUGCCUCCCUCAUGUCGGAUUGUGUCAGUGAAAUGCGACGCCGACGAGUCUAUGAGAUGACUCACGGCCGCCCUUAUCCUACGAAAUCUACGAAGAAGAAGCACACCUUUUGGCAACCAGAAGAUUCUUCUCACGUUGCGGUUCUUUCUCCGCCAUUUGCUAAAAGGAGCAAUGAACCUACCAUUUCAAAACCACCUGUGUCUUUGCAAUCACAUGCAUUGCCCAAGAAGGCGACACCGCGUGUACUUUGGAAAGUCGAAACUGCAAACCUUAAUCACUCUGUUGAGGCUGUGGUCUUGAAGGAAGACAAUGAAGACGAACGRCAAAGAUUGAAGGACUCGUUUAUCAAGGAUGAAAUCAUAGACGGAUUUGGCUACGAGGAUGAUGAAAUUAUGACACCCGUUCGCAUCAAAAAGUUUAUCAACGCCUACGACGACGCCAAGAACAAUAAAGAAGAACGUGAGGGCAUUAGUGCGUCCGAUUGUGUCUUCCAAGAAAUGGAUCGAGCUGAAACUGCUGCCGCUGUGUCGGAAAUUUCAAGUGCAACACAAGCGUUGGCUGCUUUUGUCACAAGCGCGGUGGGUGUGAUGAGAGAGGCAAAGACACCUGAAAAAGAUAGAGAUGGCAAGUACUUGAUGCAUCUGGAGGAGAUUGAACCGAAAGUUCUUUCAUCAACGACGCCGUACAAGUCUAAGCUUUUUCACGAAAAGGCUGUCUCUUUUGCUGCUGUUACUCCGUCCAAUAAAUUAAUCACCAAGGUACCCACUCCCAAGACUAUGGACAGUAGCAUGGAUGAAGCAGAUAUUAUGGUUACAAAUCUUGGUCUUGGCGAAAGCGAAGACAAUGAGGAUGAUAGUGCAGUAGGAAAAUUGGAUUAUGGAGUAUUGUGGCCAUCUCUAUUCCAGAAUGAAGACUCUGGUGUCAGCGUCAUUGACACCCACAACAAGAAAAUGCUUGAGGCUCUGGUAGAGGGAGGCGCGCUACAACGAGAAGUUGAUGGCACUAAUGUUCUCAAACUAUUUGUCGACAUGUAUCACAAACACACGUUCGAAAGAAUUGUUCACGCUAUUCAAGAAUUGAAAGGGUUACAAGCUUUGGUUAUUUGCCGAGCAAUCAACAAAGACCGACCAACUUAUCGCACCACCCAGGAAAUCAAAUCUCUUUUCGAUUCUACAAAAAGAAUCCAGACAUUGCACUCUUUGAUGCUGUUAAACUUCACUUCGGACUCUUCGACUGACUUGGGAAUGCUGAUCCAUUCGCAACCAUCUCUUUAUCGACUCCAAAUUCAAAUGGUCGAUGGUACCCUGAAUGGCGAACUACUGGGAGUUAUGGCAACCGCCCCAUGCUUGACUCAUGUUUUGCUCGARCUCAAUGAAUCUUGUUCUUUGGGGACACUUUUGAACUCAAGAAGUCUUCAGACUCUGCGAGUCAAUUCCGAAAAUCUUGAAUUUAAGAGUAGUCACAUCCGAACUCUAUUCUACAGUCUCCAAUCGAACAUUGCACUUACUUCUUUGGACCUUGCCCCACCAAUUUCGGCAGAACAAUUUAGAUCGUUGUGCCUCACGCUGAAACACAACUACAGAUUGGAAUCUCUUCGAGUCAAUUUGGAAUUGACAACAGRUGAUGAAAGCAGAGAUGUUGCGAUGGAACUUGCCAAUUUAUUCCGAGAAAACAACUUUCUGAUCAACGUCUGGAACUACUCUCAUAAAUYGUGCGCGAUUAAUGAUGAAGUCAAGCGUGACCUUUUUGCGGCGCUACGAAAUAGCAAGGGCAUGAAAGACUUCAAAUUCUUUAACGAAGAUAUUGGCGACUGGAAGAACGCGAAGGGCGGGAACCCAGMUUGGCUCGAAGAAAAUCUCAAUUCCACCAUAGGGGAUUGCAGUACCGUCAAUACCGUUGAUGUUUCAAGAAAUGUAGGCAGUAUUGACAAUGGAGAAGGGAACGAUUCGCUCUUCUCGUUCGAUGAUUCUCCGAACAUCCAAUCUAAUCGGAAGGGUGAUUUUCUGAGAAUGUGUGGUUUUGAAAGCCCUGAUUGUGAAAGGGCUUUUUGCGGCAUCGAUGUCUCGGACAUGUCGAAAGCCUGUGAUUAUUCCAACCUUAAAAAAGUGGGCACCGAGAUUCACAAGUGGGCCACGGGUACUGCCACUGCCAAACAGUGACCAAAAAACGCAUGGACAUGAUUUGAGUACCGUGAUUCGAUCUGUGUUGUCCUUCAUUUAUAAAUAAAACUGUCUUCAACAAGAGUUAUCAUUUGAAUACGAGGGUAUUAUUGCUGCCAUCCAUCGUAUAUGAUUUAAUUCAUACUGUAAUUAAGCACUUGUCUUUAUACAUUGGAUAAGUUCAGCACGUGCAUUURUUAAAAGACCAAGRAGAAAUAAUAAYUCGAYGCUUUCAUUCUAAGCUGGAUCUGUUUCCUAUCUUCCCCUCUCCAAAAUAAUCCUGUCAGCUCUGUCCAGAAAAGAGGACACACCAAAAUUCGAUUGCUGAAAGGAUAAAGCGACAUCUUCAGAUUCCUCAAAUUAUCAAUCAACUAAAUGCAACAUUUUUCA